AUGUCAUUCCUCUCUAACCGAAUGCGAAACGAAAUCGUAGCUACCGCUGCAGAGUUCGCCGGCACCUUCAUGUUUCUGUUCUUCGCGUUUGGAGCUACCCAAGUUGCCAAUACUGCGGCUGUUGUUUCCAACGGUGCGGCUGGGGAGAGCCAGACAACCCACUCCAUCACCCAGGCCCCAAACACCAAUGUCCUACUUUUCAUCAGCCUCGCCUUCGGUUUCUCUUUGGCCAUCAACGUAUGGGUGUUUUUCCGUAUCAGUGGAGGCAUGUUUAAUCCUGCUGUGACCCUUGGACUGUACCUCAUAGGGGCCAUCAACGGACUUCGCGCUAUUCUGUGCUUCUUCGCACAAAUGUUCGCUGGUAUGGCUUCAGCCGGGGUUGUAUCAGCUAUUCUCCCGGGAGAGCUCAACGUCUCCACCUCGCUCGGCGCCGGCACCUCGAUAGCUCAAGGCGUAUUUCUCGAAAUGUUCCUCACCGCACAACUCGUCUUUACAAUUUUCAUGCUGGCGGCGGAGAAGCACAAGGCUACGUUUUUGGCGCCAAUCGGCAUUGGUCUUUCGCUCUUUGUAGCAGAGAUGAUGGGCGUUUUCUUUACCGGCGGCUCCCUCAACCCUGCCCGUAGUUUUGGCCCCGCUGCUGUCGUCCACUUCUUUCCCGGCUACCACUGGAUAUACUGGCUGGGCCCUUUCAUGGGUACGCUAUUGGCGUUUGGCAUGUACAAACUUGUCAAGACUGUCGAGUACCAGACCGUCAACCCAGGUCAGGACUUCGAUGACCACGAGGCUGAACUGUUCCACCCGCCGGAUGACCCCGAGAACGCGGAGCAGGUCGCACGACCGAACGUUGCUGCAAUUGCUGCUGAAGAGGCUAUCAGGCAGGCGAGUUCGAGUCCUGAGAGGAACAGGAGUAGUAUACAAGAGACACUAUAA